UACCAGUGCUAUGCAACACUAUGUGGGAUUAUGUCCAAUGUUCGAUGUCGAGGUCAUGAAUGCAGAUGCUGAAUUGGUUCUUGGAGAUCAGGGUGCCCAGUCCAGCCCUAGCAAUGUCGCGCGUGGUCUUUCUUCAAUUUAUAAAGAGAUUACAGAGACUGUGCGGAAAGAAGCCGCCACUAUUGCAGCCGUUUUUCCUUCCCCAAACGAUGUAAUGUCAAUACUGGUUCAGCGUGUCUUGGAGGACCGUGUUCCAAAGCUUCUUGAGAAACUUUUACUGAAGCCGUCUCUUGUCAGUCCACCUCCCAUGGAAGAAGGUGGACUUAUAUUAUAUCUCAGAUUGCUAGCCGUGGCAUAUGAGAAGACACAGGAGCUUGCAAGAGAUUUACGUGGUGUAGGGUGUGGCGACUUGGAUGUUGAAGGAUUAACAGAAUCUCUGUUUCUACCACACAAAGACAUAUACAUCGAGUAUGAGCAGGCCUCUCUUAGACAACUUUACAAAGCUAAGAUGGAGGAGCUGCGCACCGAAGGCCAGCAAUCCUCUGAGUCAUCUGGAACAAUUGGACGCUCAAAAGGUGCUUCAAUGGCAUCCUCUCACCAGCAAAUCUCUGUCACUGUGGUGACAGAGUUUGUGCGUUGGAAUGAAGAAGCAGUAUCCAGAUGCACUUUGUUUUCAUCACAGGUAUAUGUGACACAUGUUUCAAGAUGUUGCACGAGCUACAACUUACUCUUUCUUGGAAUGCAAAUACCUUCAAGAUGGCGGGGAACAGCUUCUUGAUUUAAAAAAUUAGCUUAGUGGAAGAUCCAAAAAAUAUAUAUUGCAUUGUGCCUGAACGCUCAAGUGAAUUUACAAAUUUCAUAUGUAGCCUUUUCGGUUUGACGGACUCACUCUAAUAAAUCUUGACAGUGAGAGAAGGGUUCGAUAGUGGAUGCCAGUGAUUAUUUCAUUUUAUUCAGAGAGAUAGAGAGAGGGAGGGAGGAAGAGAGAGAUGGAGUCUUUCUUGUCCUCAUGAUGCUUUUUACUUUUUAGAGAAAUUUGCUGUAGAAGUGGGAAGAGAUACCAGAUACUUGGAAACAAUGUAACUGUACUAGUUGCCGUCUUUAUAGAAAAACUGAAUCAAGGAUAGAAUUUAGUUGUUUCUUUUUUUUGUUUGUUUCUUGCACUUAUUGUUGCAGGGAUUUCAUUCUGGCUUAUCCAUAUAUUUCGGCAAACUGUGAUGUAAAAAAGAUUGGCAUGCUAACUUCAUCUGUAUUAUUCUGAACUUCAUUGAUUUCUUUGUGCAUGUAGCUUUGUCUUCCGUUAGAACAAACUAAAUUAUUUAGCGAGCAGAGGCAAUUCUUCCUGAAAAUGUGUAUGCUAGUUAUCCACAGCAAAAAUUAGAAAGUUGAUGCUUAUUUUUAAUGUCCUUUUGAAGAUGUCAUGUUCUUUGUCUGCAAAAGGCAAUGUGGACGUUCUUCUGACAAGUUUAUUGGUCAUGUUAGAGGAGUAAAGUAAUCAAAUAUUUUGUUGUCCGUUUCCUGUAGACUUGUGCAAAGGUCUUCAAACAGCACCUUGUCCUAA